AUGCAGAAUACGAUAGAUAUCGGCUGGUUUGAUAUUGGAGUCAGAGAGGAUUCCAGCCUUGCUGUCCUAGAUCACGGUCGCCUACUACAUGUGAUCAACCAGUUUCCAGACCCCCAAAGCCAGUACCCAUCGCUAUGCGUUUUUCUAGGCAGGAAAACUAAGGAUCACGCCCUUCAGCAGUUGUAUACCCAGAACAAUAUCAAGAGACACAUCUCAAAAUCAAAGAUACAGCUUAGAUAUGAUGUUGCCUCCCUCGAAAGUCGAGACCCGGUACUUCUGGCUGACGGUGACAUUAUGGAGGCGGAAUACUUCCGUCCCAUAUUGAAACUCGACGCUGGAAUGGGUCAACCCGUGUUGUGGGACGACUGUUCUGCAGACAAACUGCUGCAAGUAUUGUGGUCACGGCUUAUCCUUCUGUUUGCGGACGUGGUAUGCAUAUUCAUUGACGACAUUUCCAAUAUGAGAAAGGUCAUUGAGUUCUUGGUUAAGUGCAUGGAACUUGGUUCGGCAUCUUCCUUAUCUCGGACACUCUUGCCGCGGUUGAUUUUUAUAUAUGGGACUGGAGUCACAGACAAGGAUGCUGAACGACCAUUCAACAGCGUGUUCUACGAAUAUCUUCAGGAAAAAGGGUACAAAGACUUGUCUGUACUAUUUUCCAAUGUUUCCUUCCUUGAUCUACACAAGGGCGGUUUGUCAGAAACAGCGAACUAUCAGAGGCUCAAAGCCUUUAUCACCGACGAAGUAACCGCAAUGUCUUUUCUUCGACAGAUACAUCACGCUCGUCCGAAUGCUAUCCACUUUCGAGCUCUGUUCCAAUCAGCUUUUCGUCAUACUCUCAGUGAUUCGUGGAUUGCGUUCGACGUCGUGAAAGCCACGCGAAGGGAUCGCCCCGUAAGUCCGAGCGCGGAAUCAAACCUCGUACAUUACCUUGGGAUCGCCGAUCGCGCGCGCUUGUGUCCGGAUGACUUAGCCCCAUCUAUUGCAUCGGCUCUCUUUAUGGAUCAUUACGUACCGGGGAUGUUCGCAACAAAUCCUCGUGAUGUUUUCAGAACCCUGUACCGGAAGAUCGUGAUUCAGGCGUAUGGCAAAGCUCAAGGCAAAGCUCAAGAACCAUGGUUAGGCUUAUUUCCGGAAGAACAGGCAAAUCUUAUUGAUCGGCAUUUCUCUGAACAGUUUGAGCCUUUCUCGGGUGGCGUAAUCAAUGCAGCAGACCUACGGAGAAAACAACUUGAAUCUCAGAGCGGUCGACUGAGUUGUUUACGGAGUAAUCUCAUCUGCCUGUUCUGCAUUCUAAAUACCGCUCAGCACGUUCUAGACUGCGGUCAUACAUUAUGCGAUCGCUGUGCCCAGGUCUAUGGGGAACCGGCGACCGGGUUAGAGUACCAGUUUACGGUCACAGGCUGUCUCUACUGUCUCUACCGAAAGCCCCUCAUUGUGGAUGUUCUUCCACCCACCAUGAGUCCUUCUAUCCUCGCACUUGAUGGGGGAGGAGUUAGAGGUGUUAUUCCUUUGGAAUUCCUUCUCCUGAUGGAGGAGCAUUUGCGGCCUUGUACUAUUCACGAUGUGGUGGACCUCGCUAUCGGCACAAGCUCAGGAGGGCUCAUUGCUCUGGGUUUAUUUGCAAUGUUGUGGGAUGUCGCAGAAUGCUCCGAGCGCUUCAAUACACUAGCGAGCCAGAUUUUCAGGGAAAGACGAAGGUCGAUUUUCCCCCUGCUUCAGGUUUCAGGCUACAAGUCGCUCCUUGGUGAAGUGACCAAAUGGUUUCAAUGGCUUGUCCACGACAGCUGUUAUGACUCGCAAGUCUUUGAUGCCGCUCUGAAGGGCGCUUUCGGAGAAGAUCGCCGACUUUUCGGUGCCACACGGCACCGUAUCAUGCGCCCCGGCGAAAUAGGAAACGAGCCUAGCGUGUACAAAGCUGGCCGUGCCACAGCAGCCGCCCCUUUUUAUUUUACCCCUGUAGAUUUCGAGGGAGUUGGUUCCUUUCAGGAUGGUGGAUUGAAACACAACUUUGCUGGUGAGAUUGCGAGUCAGGUUUGCAACCAGAUCUGGCCCCUGUUCAUAGGGUCCAUUCGGAUGGUGUCCAUGGGAACCGGAAAAUCACCUCCAAACGAGCAGAUCCCCCAUUUUCGCCACAUCCUUCGCGACAGUUUUCUUCGCCGAGGGUUUGACGCAUGGAUGUCUACCAUGGACACAGACACUGAGUGGAAGAAUUGGAAAGGUAGCCUGAGCGAGUCAGUCCGAGGUGACUGUCACCGUCUAGAUGUCUCAUUGGCAGAUACACCACAAACGAUUGACGCGGUGGGGGCCAUGAACGAUUAUCGCGAUCUUGUACUUCUCCAGCCUGGAAGUGCACGGAUGGCCCGGGACGCGGCAACCACAUUGCUGAUCUCUAGAUUCUUUUUCCAGGUUAGCUCUUUACCAGAGCAAACAUCCGUGCCAUUUUGGUGCUCUGGAUUAGUACGUUGUAAAGGUCCAGCCCGAGAGAUCAUCCUGGCUUUGGAAAAUCUUUACCCCGAUGGCCUUAGCUAUGUCUCAGACAGCGGUUUAAUUGAUGGAUUCGGAGGCCUGGACAGUCUAUGCCCUUCAUGUGGGUGUUACAACCAUCCAAUUUCGUUCUUGACUCGCCAUUUGGACUACACUGUUGAUGUCUACAUCCAGUCAAAGACAAAAAGAAAAUGGAGAAUAUCUGGCUUCCCCGAGAGUGUUGCUACGAUUGCUUCCAGACAAGGUUUGCAGUCAUCAUUCGGCCAUGGGGACCAUGACUCUCCUUCUCGCAACCCAUGCCUGGGCUGUGACGUCAAGAAAGGUAUCAUUAGAAAUAAGAGGAAGAUCGCCGAAUCGUGGGAGUCUAGAGACCCCAUUUCACGGAAACGCCCCCAGGAUUAA